AUGUCCAAAAGCGAUAUAAAAAAAACUGUAAGUGUUCCAUACACCAGCAUUACUGCACACAAUAAUAACUGUAUAUUAGAAGAUAUAGAUAAAAUUCAAGAAUAUUUAGAAUGUUCAAAGAUCAAUUUCGAAGAUCGUUUAAAACGAAAACCAAUGAACGAGUCUUCGAUUAAUGACUUCACAUUUCAUAAAACUAUUGGCAUGGGUGCUUUUGGACGUGUUAUGUUAGUCAAUCACAAAUUGAAUCCUGGACAAUUUUUAGCUAUGAAAAUUAUGAAGAAAGAGCAAAUCCUAAAGCGAAAUUAUUUACAACACGUAGCUAAUGAGAAACAACUAUUAUCAAAUUUACGACAUCCGUUCAUUAUACAAAUGGAGUAUUGUGCAAAGGACGUAUGCAACUUAUAUUUCGUGAUGCCGUUCAUAGUAGGGGGAGAUUUAUUUGGUUUAAUGAGUGAACGAGGUGUACUUGACGAAUUGCAUGCUAUGUUUUACGCAGGUCAAAUGGUCCUUGCACUAGAAUAUUUACAUUCGCUGGAUAUAAUCUAUAGAGAUCUGAAACCGGAAAAUGUGUUAAUUGAUGGUGAUGGUUUUAUAAAAUUAACAGAUCUCGGAUUGAGCAAGCGUAUAACUUCCAAUCGAACAACCACCCUUUGUGGUACACCGUACUAUUUAGCACCAGAAAUCAUAGCAAUUAAACCGUAUGGAAAACCAGUGGACUGGUGGGCAUUAGGCAUAAUCAUAUUUGAAAUGAUUGCUGGGUCAGUGCCAUUCAAUGCUGACAACGAAAAGAAACUAUUCUAUAAAAUCUUGAGCGGCAGUUUUAGAAUGCCAAUCAAUUUUUCUCCGAACCUUUCACAUCUUAUAAAAAACUUACUACGAGUUGACCUCACAAAGAGAUAUGGAAACUUAACAAAAGGAAUUACUGACAUUAAAUACCACAGAUGGUUUAUCAAAAUAGAUUGGAUAAAGCUCUAUAAUAAGAAUAUGGUACCUCCACACAUACCAAAAUUUACUAGUCCAUCAGACACACAUAACUUCGAAGCCUUUGUCGAAGAGGACGCUAAUCUUAUGUGCAGUGGUGUUGAUCAAGAUCAUUUUGCCGAUUUUUAA